AUGGUAUACUUGAAUGGGGUACGUUGUGUGAGGAGGAAUACAAAAGAUUGUUUGCGUCCUUAUUGCAAAUUUUCUCCAAAUAGAAUAGAAGACUUCUGGUUUUAUUUUCAUUGCACAAAUAUGAAUUGUUUUAAUUUUAAUUAUUUCUUAUUGCCACGCUCAUUACCACGUUUCUUUGAAUUAGUUACUACAAAUGAGAGAGACAUCACCUCUUUAUAUCAGUUCCUGCCUCUUUUCCCCGUUCUUAAUGAGAAAGCAGUAAAGCUGUACUCCUCACUUCAUACUCUCCUCAGAGAGCGAUUAGUGUCCUCUUCACAACAAUUAUUACAAAAACAGGUGAAAUGUAAUCAAUUGCUUUUGAAUGCUGCGUAUUAUUUGUGUUACCUAUUUUUUAUUCUUACUUCUGUUUUUAUUUUAAUAUUACAACUGAUACAGGAGAUGAACUACUACGUAUGCAAUGUUCUCUACUUUAUGAUGAUGUUUCAUGUUGUCAUAAAUCACAAACCUGACAAAUCUAGUGAUGAUGGUUUAAAUUCCUUCGAACUGUUUUGUCUAAAAACACACUUCUCUCUAGUUCUGUUCCUGCAUGAAACACUGUUAAAUACGAAGACAAAACAAUAUAGUAGUUUGUGUUCAUCACACAGUGUAAUGUUAAAACACAAAUUACAUAAAUUACGGAGGAAUGUGAUGUUAGGGUGCUGGGGAGCAUGUGUGUAUGUGCGCGCGCUGCGCCGGGCGCAGGAGACGGUGGACACGGGCGACGACGGCGACGGCGACGGCGAGGGCGGCGCGGGCGAGCGCGAGGGUCCGCGGCGCCGGCGCCGCCGCCGCCAGCAGCGCCUGCCGCGCACCGUCGUCAACCCCGACGAGAACUUCUACUUCUACUGGCUGUUCGUGCUGACGGUGUGCGUGCUCUACAACCUGUGGACGCUGAUCGUGCGCCAGAGCUUCCCGGAGCUGCAGUCGCAAGCCUCCAGCUUCUGGCUGGCGUGCGACGCCUUCAGCGACGCCGUCUUCCUCCUCGACGUCGCCGUGCAGUUCCGCACGGGCUACUUGGAGCAGGGCCUCAUGGUGUACGACUCGAAGAAGCUGGCCGGACACUACCUGCGCUCGAAUGCCUUCCUGCUCGACCUAGCCGCGCUGCUGCCGCUCGACCUGCUCCAGCUCAACUUCGGCCCGCUGCCCAUCCUGCGCUUCCCGCGCUUCCUCAAGCUCUACCGCGUCUACGACUACUACUACAUGGUGGAGUCGCGCACCGUCUACCCGAACCUGUGGCGCGUCGUCAACCUCAUUCACAUCCUGCUCAUCCUGGCCCAUUGGUUCGGCUGCUUCUACUACCUGCUGUCGGAGGCCGAGGACUUCCAGGGCGACUGGGUGUACCCGUAUCGGCCCGGGGACUACGCCACGCUCACUCGCAAGUAUCUGGGCUCGCUCUACUGGUCCACGCUGACGCUCACCACCAUCGGCGACCUGCCGACGCCGGAGACGAACGCAGAAUACGUGUUCACCAUCGUGAGCUACCUCAUCGGCGUCUUCAUCUUCGCCACGAUCGUCGGUCAGGUGGGCAACGUGAUCACCAACCGGAACGCCAACCGGCUGGAGUUCGAGCGCCUGCUGGACGGCGCCAAGACGUACAUGCGCCACCACAAGGUGCCGGGCGGCAUGAAACGCCGCGUACUGCGCUGGUACGACUACAGUUGGUCCAGGGGGCGCAUCCAGGGCGGCGGAGACAUCAACACGGCGCUGGGCCUGCUCCCGGACAAGCUCAAGACGGAGCUGGCGCUGCACGUCAACCUGAGUGUGCUCAAGAAGGUCACCAUCUUCCAGGAGUGCCAGCCCGAGUUUCUACACGACUUAGUGCUGAAGAUGAAGGCAUACAUCUUUACUCCAGGAGACCUCAUCUGCCGCAAGGGCGAGGUUGCACGGGAGAUGUUCAUUAUCGCAGAUGGGAUCCUGGAGGUCAUCAGCGAAACCGGCCGCGUGCUGACCACAAUGAAAGCCGGGGACUUCUUCGGAGAAAUUGGUAUCCUUAAUCUCGACGGCCUUAACAAGCGGACGGCGGACGUGCGUUCCGUGGGCUACUCGGAGCUGUUCAGCCUGUCGCGCGAGGACGUGUUGGCCGCCAUGAAGGACUACCCGGAGGCCCAGGAGAUCCUACAGAGCCUCGGCCGCAAAAGACUGAUGGAGGCGCGCAACAUGAGCCGUCCGCGCGGGGCGGCGGCGGCGACGGCGGACGGCGAGGACGGCGCGCUGGACGCCGCGGACGCGCGCGCGGGACGACGCAUCGUGGAGCGCCUGCGCAGCGACGUCAAGGGCCUGCGCAACGCCCUGCGCAAGAGCCGGCGCAGCGCCAGACACAAGUAUCGUUUCGAUUUGUCUUCUGAAAUGUCAGAAGAAAGUGGCAAACGCGGCCGCUUGUUGAAUCGGACAGUUCUGAAAGCAGUAAUCAGGAAUAUAGUGAUAGCGCAGAAAGAACUGUUUAAAACACUAGUGAAGGGUUUCAUUGCACCACUGCAUUUUUUGUUGACACUGCGCACGAUGUAG